AUGAUUGUAUCCAGUACAUGCAUGAAGAAAGUACACACGUUUAUAUUAUUAUUAUGUUCUGGAUAUUUAGCUUCUUUUGCAUGCAAGGAUGCACCAAAAGAGAAUAACCCACAGAUCAACAGUGAUAUACAGACUAAAGCAGACACAAUAUACAGAGAAGUUGAAAAAUUGCAUAAGGAUUAUACUACAGCAAAAACAACCACUUUAUCACUCAGUGAUGAAUUAGUUACUAAUGCAGAUGGGCUAAUCAAGAAAGCAGAAGAAUUCAGCAAACAAGCAAAACCAUCAAAUAAAGACAAGAAGAACUCAGAACUAGAGCAAAACCUGUCUAAAUUACACAGAAUAGGAAAGAAACUUAAAGAUGCAAGCCACAAGAAGAAGUCCUAUGAAGAGUUCGUAAAAACCACAGCACCCACUCUAAUUAAAAUAAGAAAUGAGCAAGUAUCGCAAUGGAAAACAAUCAAAGCCCCAUUUGAUGCUAAUGACAGUAGGCUUAUAGGAUUUACUAAAUACGGACCAGGCAAGCAUAAUGAACAAGAUGAAAAAGAUUCACAAGAGUACACUAAGUUUAUUAAUGAAAUUAAGUCGGUUUUAUUAAGUAGUAACUUAGGAUUAGAAGAGAAAGGGGAUAUUCUGUCAUAUUUAACUAAAUUUGAGUCAUAUAUGACUAAAUCCACUGAUAGCCACACAUUGAAAGCCAAGGAAUUCUCAGAAUUUGUAUUUUUUUCUAUCCUCAAAGAAAAAUUAAAAUCAAUUAUUUCUCAUAUACAGAUAACUAGUGGUACGCCCAUAAGCACAGCCAAAUUCGCACAGUCAACAGAUUUCACUAAGGGCAAUAUAGUGAAGACAGCACUUAAAUUAGAUGAAUCUGAGUACAAGAAAGUGACAGAAUUCUCAGAUGUAUAUAAUGUAUUCUCUAAGAUAAAAGGGUAUGUUAAGGAGACUGACUAUGCUACUAUUCAAGUACUUCUAGAGGAUGAGUUUAAGUUAGAUUCUGUUAUAGGGUUAAGCAAUAAGAAGUAUGAUGAGUUUAUAUCUAAGAUGAGUGAGGUAGCCUCUAAAGAGACUAAUUCUGAAGAAUCAGUAACUGACAAGGUUAAAGAGGGUAUUACUGAACUUAAGAAUUAUGUUGGUGAAUUAUUAUCAGCUAUUGACAGGAGUAUUACAGAGGAUAAAAUUGAAGGACCUAUUAAAGACAACAAUAUAAAACUAUCCAAGCUGACGGGUUCUGAUGGUGUAGAAUUAGACAUGAGUAUUGUAGGGCUUAAAGAAGAAGAUCUUUCCAAAUGGUUCGGGUUUAAAGAUGUAGAGAGUUCUAAGAUAAUGAACAUUCUUUAUUACGGUGCCGUUGGGAUUAAGAAUGCAGUACUACUCCCAUUUUCUAUAGUCACUGGUGUAUACAGUAGAAUGUUCACAUCUGAAUGGGAUUCAGUCAUGAAUACAUCUGUAGACUCAGCGAACAGGGAGAAGAAAGAAGCCCUCGCUGGAUUUGGAAGAAUAAUCAAGAAUAUUGGUCAGAUGAAUUUAUAUAUCUCUACUGUUGUAGCAAAUGGUUCUUCAAAAGAAGACAAGGAUAAGCUUGCUUCACUAGCAGGUGAACUAUCCAACCUUAUAACAGCAAUUGUUUAUGUACAAAAGAUUGCCCAUCUUAAGACAGAUGAGAAAUUAAGUGGCAAGAAAGUAGAUCUGUACACUCCCGAGAUUGUUUCAAUGCUUCUGAGCAUGGAUAACAACGAGUGUAAAUUAUGUCCGGUUUUAAACAAAUCAUUCAGUCGUAAAGUAGAGGGCAUUACACAGAUUAGGUUUAUAUCUGAUAAGGCUAAAUCAGCAAUAGUACUUGAAUAUCUUGAUGAACUCAUUCCAGCGUAUAUAAAGUCAGCUAGGAGUGUAAAGUUCUUAUUCUCAGAGAAGGAGAAGGAGACUUUAAAGAAAUCCAGUGAGGAACUUAAGAAAAUAGCUGUAAAGGAGUUAAAACCAAGCGUAUCAUUAAAAUUAGAGAUAGCCACUAUUAAAUCCAUCAGGAAUUCCGUGGAAGUAUUAGUUAAUGAAUCAUCAGAUACGAUUACUACAGUGACUGAGUUCUUAAAUGUGUACAAGUCCAUAAUUGGUGUAAACCAUGGGAUUAACCUAUUAAAGAUCUAUGUGGAUAAUGAAGCCAAGGAGUUUCACGAUCCAAUUGAUAAUUACAUUAGCAAUGAGAGCAUAACACAGAUUGAGAAGAUCUCUGAAGAGUCCAGUAAGAACAGUUCUUCAAAACAGGCCUUUUUAAUGUGUGAGAUGAUCAUUUCCAGUCUAGGACAGAGAAUUCCCAGAAUUCUAUCAUCUGUUGUAGGGAAGUCCUUUAAGGAAUUAGAAGCAGAUGUACCCAGAGAAGAAUCAGAUGUACAACCAAUAGUAAGCAGUGACAGUGCCCCUAAGAAGAAGGCAUGCAUGCGCAAGUAUUACUUAAUAAUCCUUGGGUUAUUAGUAGUUGCAGGUGCUGGUGCUGGUGGGUACACUUUCAUACGCCACAGAAAGGAGAACAGUUUAUUACAGUAA